AUGACGGAAGUUCUCCAUCGGUCUGACAAUGCUCUUCUGAGGAAACUCGGGUAUAAAAGUGAAUUUCAGCGUGAAUUCUCACUGAUUGAAACUAUUUGUUUUUCUCUCUCGAUUAUGGCCGUCUCUUCUGGUGUCACCACAGGAUAUUCUUUCCCUCUCAAUUCUGGUGGUCACUUUGCGAUGAUUUGGGGAUGGUUUAUCCCCUGUUUUUUUAUCAUGUGUGUAGCCGCUUCAAUGGCGGAACUAGCAUCGUCCAUGCCGACAAGUGCUGGUCUAUAUUACUUUUCAGCUAAAAUGGCAUCCACCAAACAUUCCGCUCUUGCUAGCUGGAUUACAGGAUGGGCCAAUAUCACUGGUCAAAUAACUUUAGUAUGCUCGAUAGGAUAUACUUGUGCCGAAAUGAUCACAUCAGGAAUAACUAUGGCCACCGACGGCGCUGUCACAUUGGGGUCGGGUCCAACUUUUGGCAUCUUGGUGGCUAUUUUUGCAACCCAAGGCAUAAUUUGCUCAACAGCAACUCGAACGUUGGCACGGAUCAAUCUUCUGUCUGUGAUACUCACUAUGGGGACUUUGAUUGCAGCUGUUGUAGGACUGUUCGUCUGCGCUAGGAAAAACAGAGUUUCUGCCAAAGUUGCCUUCACAGAAUUCGAGAAUAGUACUGGGUGGUCAAAUAAUGUCUGGGCAUUCAUCAUGGCAUUCACUUCUCCUAUGUGGUCUUUAACGGGUUAUGAUUCAGCCGCUCAUAUAUCAGAAGAAACUGCUGGAGCAGCACGGGCAGCGCCAAUUGCAAUCGUGGUUAGUGUCGCAGCCACUGAGAUCUUUGGGUGGAUAUAUUACAUGGCGGCAUCCUUCGCAACAACUUCUGUGGACGAAAUCCUUCAAACGAAAUUGACAUUGCCCAUGGGUCAAGUCUUUCUGAACACUUUAGGAAAGAAGGGCGCGUUGGCCCUCUGGUUUCUUAUCGCCCUUUAUAUGUGCGGUUGCUCGCAGGGCGUUGAUGCAUCUAGAGUUAUAUUUGCGUUUUCCAGAGACAAUGCGCUUCCUGGGUCCCGUUGGUGGAAGAAAAUCGACAAGCGUACCCAGACACCUGUCAAUGCAGUGUGGCUUGUCAUGGCCGCGUCCGCUGUGUGUGGUGUUCUAUCGUUUUCUGCAGCUGCCUUUAAUUCUCUUGUCUCAGCGUCUGUAAUUGGCCUGUACAUUUCGUAUGUGACACCCGUCUACUUUCGUAUCACAUCGGGUCGGAAGAAGUUUGUCCCUGGACCAUUUAACCUAGGCCGCUGGUCAACCCCUAUUGGUAUCACUGCAAUCGUUUGGGUGGCAUUCAUGGUAGUCAUGCUACUGUUCCCAGCGAGCCAAUCUACGACUGCAGAAACGAUGAACUACGCAAUUGUUCUCGUCAUGGCCGUCUUCGUCUUCGCCUCUUUGUCGUGGGUGCUGUCUGCACGAAAAUGGUUCACAGGACCCAUUUCCAACAUCGAUAGUAGCAGCGAAUCAACGUCGUACGAUGAAAAACAGGAUCACAGUGUAUUGUAGAGUAUAUAUUUUCUAAGUACACAACAGCCACUAGCUUCGAGCUGAUACACG